UCCCAUUGCCUGCAUGUGUGUUUUUUUAUCACAUUUUCUACUCUUUAUUUACAUAAAGAAAAAAGCAUAUCUAUUUCCCAGUUUUCGAAGUUUUCAAUGUUCUUAUCUUUUACAUCAUCUCAUGAUCUGAUCUUCCAGUUGCAUGCUUUCGUUUAAACCACCGCCUAAUAUAUCUAUAUAUUAAUGGUAACAUACAUACAGGACUUGGGGUUAGGGUAUAGUUUAGUCAAUGGCAGAUACAAUAAUGAAAAAAACCCAAUAUCACACUCUUGGUUUAUCACCGAACCAAUGCGGUUCAAGCUUGGUUCAAUCCAUAGAUGCACCGCUUCCUCUAGUAUGGUCCAUACUCCGCCGCUUCGACAACCCACAAGCUUACAAACAGUUCGUCAAGAGCUGUACGUUGAGUGUCGGUAACGGUGGAAUAGGGAGUGUACGUGAAGUGAUGGUCGUGUCGGGGAUGCCGGCAGCCACGAGCAUGGAGAGGUUGGAUCGAUUAGAUGAUGACUUGCAUGUUAUGAUGGUUAGCAUUAUUGGUGGUGACCAUAAGCUUGUGAAUUACCGUUCCACUACUAGUUUGCAUGAAAUUGGAAGUGAAGAAGAAGGGAAUGGCGGGAGAACGGUGGUGGUAGAGUCGUAUGUGGUGGAUGUCCCAGCGGGGAAUAGUAAAGAAGAUACAUGUUCGUUUGCUGAUAUGAUAAUUGGUUGUAAUCUUAGGUCUUUAGCUAGGGUAACAGAAGGAUUGGCGAAUUCAAACAAUUUAUGACCUUUACGUUUUUCUUGAAUAAAGCUUUUCGUGUCACUUUUUUUCUCCCUUAUUUAUAGGAGAUGAGCUACAAAAUAAUAAUUUUCUUCCCAAUUCUUGAAACCCUUUAAUGGGUUUUUUUGGGGGAGGGCGAUAGUAUGUAUGGAGGUGCUAUAAUUUGAUAUUUAUGCUAUAAUAAAUUGGUCAAAUUGUGCUGCUUUUUUUUUUUUUUUUUAUAA